GGGAGAGAGAGAGAGAGUGUGUGUGUGUGCGCGCACAUCCUCCUCAUACCUCUGCGAGGUGGCGACUGAGAGCGGCUGCCCGCCACACAGAUGAGACGCAGCAAGAUGGCGAUGGCGCGACUGAUAGCGUGUUGUGUGCUGUGCUCCAGCCUGGGCCACAUCCCGUCAUCGCUGGCUGUAAUCCUACGAACCACGGACAAGAUUGUGUGGGCCAACGAGUUUGAGCCCAUCGAGCUGACCUGCUUAAUAGAGUCCAUUUCCACCAACAACCCGAGGAUUGAGUGGAAAAAGAUUAGAAACGGCAUCCCGAGCUAUGUGUACUUUCAAAACAAGAUAGCAGGCGACUUGGAGAACAGAGCACAGCUCAGAGAGCCCGCCAACAUUCUGAUCUUCAACGCCACUCGGUCAGACACCGCCGAGUACCGCUGCGAGGUGGCCGCCAUCGACGAUCAGAGGGACUUUGAUGAGAUUCUCAUUAGUCUGGCAGUGCGAGUGAAACCCGUGGUGCCGCGAUGCAGCGUGCCUGAGGCGGUGACAGUUGGAACGUCAACAGAGCUGCGAUGUCUGGAGAACGAGGGUUUCCCGGCACCCAUCUAUCGCUGGUUCCACAACAACGAGGAGUUGCCGCAAGACCCCAAGAACACCCCCAAGUUCACCAACGCCACGUACGCCAUCAACACCGACACUGGGAGCCUGAAAUUCCGGAGGGUGAAGAAGGAGGACGCAGGGGAGUACUACUGUCAAGCCAAGAACGAUGCGGGGCACGCCCAGUGUCCUUCCCAGUGGAUGGAAGUCUACGACGUGGACAUCCUCGACAUCGUCCUGAAGUCCCUGGGCGCCGUGGUCGCCUUCAUCUUCGUGACCGCCUCUAUUUGGCAUUGCUUUUCACGCGCCUGCUCCUCCAAAAAAGGCCAAGGCGAAAACGAGUUCAGUUGGCCCGCACAGAACGACGGCGUGGACUACGCCGACGCAGAUGAGGGACAUUUUCGCCACAAGUCGUCGUUCAUCAUCUGAGGGCGGAAGGAGAGGAGGGAUGACGGGAAGAAGAAGAAAGGAUGGUAAAUUUUGAGCUGUGACAAGGCACACUUUUCUCUGAUGCACAUCCAAAUCCAAUCAACCGACUUGCCAAAGUUUCCUCUUAAUAUAGUUUCGUUGGCACUAGUUCACCGUUUUGUAGCAGAUUUUCUAUUCAUUCCACACACCGUACGUGUUUUAGUUCCAGCACCAAAACAUUUGGGUUCCGCUCGUCAUGUGCAGAUUUUAUUUUUUUAUUUCCUGCAAAUUGCUACUUAUAAAUGAAGUCUUUGACUUCAAAGCUGUGACAUUUAGCCAAUGAUGUUUUUGUUUAGCGAAGGACAUUUUUUGAAAAAAAGCAUCUUUUGUAACAUAUUUUUUUACAAUGCACGUUAAACUUUUUUUCUCAUUUGUCGGAACAAACAUUGUUGUUAUUAUUUUCUUCCAAGUGGCCAAGAGAGGACAUGUUGUACAUACUGUAGGCAAUAAAUAGCAGACUUAAUCAGAUACAUUAGGCACAAUUAAUCGGUCUCCGGCAUAGUAAGAGUUGACAACAUGUAUGUACAAGUUACCCCUGGAUUUGAAAACUAUAUAUCCCACUCUGCUGCAAAUUCAGUAUUUACUAUUAAGGUGGCAAUGUAUGACUUCUAGAGUGCAGUUUCUGUGUAUAAGUGACCUUCUGUGUGUUACUAUUUGUUUGUUGUAGGUAUUGGACAUAUUGUCCAGUCUUGCCUCUAUAAUGUACAUAAAUGCAUACUUUGGGAUGAGUUUUUGUUUUGUUUUGUUUUUUUCGAUCCGUAACAUACCUUAUUGUAAAUACGGCAAAAAACUGUUUUGAGAUCAUUUUUGACAGUUCACGACUACCGUCCUAGUGUUGUUUCAGUGUCGAGUCUGUCAGUACUGAACAUUGUUUCAAACGUUUGUGUUCAUGAUUUGUGUAAAAACUCAGGAACUGUUGUAAAAUUCUCACUGUUCAUGGUGGUUUUGUUAUAUUAUUAAAAUACAUUUGAACUGUAAA